UGCAUCCAUAUUAUAAAGCUUUUCGCCCUUCCUGCGCGGAAGCCUUCUGGAUGUACGUGUGCCGCUCCGACGCUUUUUGCACGCCGCCUGCACAACGCACUCACGCACUCACUCACUCAUUGACUUGAGUCGUCCAAACACCUUCCACCACGAGCAGCAACUUCAAUUUUUUACAACUAUUUUUUUUUGGCCUCCUCUUCUGGGAUACUAAUUUUGACGCGUUGGAUAUGUGCACACAAGAUGAUGACAACCCCUUUCCUGCCCGUAGAAGUAAAAUAAAAUAGGCUUUCGCGCACUCGAGCUUGUCCCCUGUCGUUCCAUAUGAAGAAGCCAAAAAUUCGGAUAGGCGUCUGUGUCCAUUUACUGCUGCUGAUCACGCUCGGGGUGCAUUCAAGUAAAUUUGACGUCAACCCAGUGACAGAUGACGUGUCAAGACUCUCGAUUUUGAAACAUAAUAUUCCCAAAGACUACAAAAUUCCUGUACAUUACAUUCCAAGAGAAGAGGGUGGGAUGUGCUGGGUAAAGCUCAACGUCUUCUACCUGGAGGAGAGUUUACAAGACUUAGCGCACAAGUUUGGCAACAUUUCGUCCAACAGAAAAGACAUUAGCAUAUUUAUACAAAUGCUCCAAGAGCUACGACUCAAUAUGGGCUCCGUGGAAGCGAUCAUGUACGACUUUGAAUGCCACUACCGUGAGGAGCGGUGGCCCACGGAGCAAUACUUUGCGUUUGUGUCCGACUUCCUGGUCAGCGCGCAGCACAGAGCCGACUCGGACGACUGCGAGCCUCCUCCCUGCCCCACCACCCCCCAAACACAAACAGAACAAUAUUUAAAAGAAUUGCCGUCGUCCAGCAGUAAAAGCUCAGAGUGCGACACAUCCACAGACUGCCAAACACACCAAGAAGCGCGUCUGCUUCCGGAGGUUGUGGAGCGAAGUCUUCUAUCUUUACUCUUUAUCCCGUUCCUGGCACUCAUCCUGCUGCUCGUAUGGAAGCUCAGAUCGCGACGGAACAGCCGAGAUCUUCCGCAGAUUCCCGGAGAAGACGUUCACUUCACAAGUACAGAAAGGAGCGCACCCCCGCUAGAUUCUCGAAUUACAGAAAAAAACAAGUUGAACAUGAUUGAAACUGUGUAAAAGAACUGCUUCAGCUGGUGAUGAAAGUAUCAGUCCAUAGAGUGAGUAACCACAAUGGGGAUUCCAAGAAACAAGCAAAGAAAGAAAGAAAGAAAAAAAAGACAACUGCUUCCUCUCUGCUGCCACCGCCACCAGCAUUUUGUCAGCUCUCAUCAACCACCGUUGACCCUUCUACUGUAUGGAUACGCUUUUCCAUUUUGCUUUAAGACUGGCUUCGUUCAUUGAGGAGUAAGAAAAACAACAAGAAAGAAAAAGACUGACGUUCCUUUCAAAGAAGCUCCUUCCCCAGUAUUUCUUCUCCCGGACUUGAUGGCAUCCUCACAAACUUUAAGCAAGAAGAGAAUGCCAGACUGUGACCACAUCGAUGUUUUUUUCCCCCCCCCCUCCACCUCCACUCACUGGAUAUUCCGCACACUUCGUCCACAUUCUACAAGAUCAACUUUGCCGUUUGAGUCUCCCUGUGGGGCUUGUACGCUCUAUUUAUUUAUUGCCCAUUGCAGAAGCACCUUUGCGUUUCACCCCCCGACCCCCGAGUAGGUAGCGGGACUGCUGGCUGAAGGCACAGGGUGGGAAAAGAUGACACACUCAAAUACAGUGGAUCCUUCCAAAUGCAAAUGAGCACGCGCUAAACAGUACUUUUUAAAAACAAUUUGAACUGUUGUACAACGCAUUAACCAUUGUUUUUUUUAUUUUUAUUAUCCUCCGUAUGAAAAAUUGCAAAUAAUCUUUUUCUUUUUUCCACUCCAACAAUAGUAACUGCUAUACAGGUGUAACAAUAAUUAUUAUAAUAAUAGUAUAUUGUUGUAAAACAAUUACAUUUUUGGUUCCAGGCUUAAACUGUGGCCACUGUAAAAGCUUUACUCAUACAGGCAAUAUGUUCAUUUACAUCUUUAGGUGUUAUAUAAGUGUUAAAAGAAGAUAACCACUGUAAAAACCAACAUGAGGUGCAACAAUUUAAAAAAACUUCAGUAGCCAGCUGCGGCGUGAGAAUGGCUGCUACGCAAUCUUAUGUAAACAAAUUUUUGGACCUGAGGUCUUGGCUUUGGAGUGUCUACUGUAUACAAACAAAUGCUAGCUUCUAUGCUAACUAAGAAAAAUGACAAAAGAAUGCAAAAAAAAAAAAAUGAGCCAUGAACUUUAGCCUAGUCUAAUGACAUGCCUGGUUUCCAUUUUGCCUUACUGUCUCAGAUCAAAUCUGAUUCACGUCAAAGACAAAAAGCUACAUCAAUUAGCGUCGCGCCAGUGGAGGCUAACCAUAUGAAACGGUCACCCUCGGAGGCUGCUUUGCGGCUAACAAACAGCAGACGUCUUCAUCCAGCCGUACGUUUUCUUCCAUUGUAAAGCUAACUCGUCUAAAUCUACAAGCAUGAGUCAUCAGGAUUGCAUGCUUCACAGAUGCUACAUUCACACGUGUUUAUGCAAGCAAUUAUUGGCUCCAAAGUGUAAUUAAUGGAACAUGAUGAAAUUAUAAAUUUCCCCCAAAAAUGUCGCUUCCAAUUUAAAGAAAGAAAAAAAAAGAAGUAAAGAUUAAAAGAAAAACACUAACACAAAGCAUCUGAUGAAAUACUGAUUAUUUGUGUAAUUUGGACGACAAGUAAAUUUGACCCCAUGACCAUGAUUCAGAAAAUGAAUUCAAGUAAAUUUGAAAUUUAAACAAAAAAUUAACAGUACAAGCAAAAAAAAAAAAAAAAAAAAAGAGACAAAUUUAAACUAGAACUGAGACAAAUUAAACAUGUAACAUGCUAACUAAAUUUUAUGAAAUUUAAAGACAAAAAAGUGGUGGUAUCAGGUAUUGUCAAAACAUUUACAGUAUAUUAAUUAUUUAAUAUAUUAGUAAUUUCAACUUAAGUGUAAAUAUAUUUCAAAAGAAAAUUUUAGUUUUAAAAAUACAGUAUAAAAACAGUCCAUGAUGGUGUCAGGUACUGGGUUUAUUUUAAAUUAAAAAAAGAAAAAUGUCAUUUUAAAUUGUUAUGCGACUAUGUUCAAAUAGAAUUUCUUUCAUCGGUCCAAAAAUAGAAUUGUUUUAAUAAUAAUGAUAAUAAUAAUAAUAAUUUAACUCAAAAUUGCCCAUGUGAGUCUCAGGUAUUGUCCAAACAUCUGCAAUUGAUGUAAGAGUCGUAAUAUGAUAUCACCGUGAAUCACAAUCAGUUGCUUUCUCGUUUAUGCCCACAUCAACGACACUGUAACUAAAAUGGAUCAAGUUCUCUUUGAAGAUUUUUAACCGAAGUCCCCUUGUGCCUUUUGUUUGGUUAGUUCUCAACUCCUGCUUUGUGAGUAACGGUCAAUCAAUCCCAGACAACUGGCAGAACCGUCAAUGAACGGAUUCCUUGCACAUCUUUGCAAUCCACCUGUUUGCAUUUGGCACCUUUGCUAACAUGUUAGCCUCAAAAAAGGAGCUCAUUUAUCCCGCACGGUUCCCGAGAUACUUCUGCUACAGUUCCACUUUUUCUCUGCCCGCCUUUCCAUCCCCACACACUGACUUUUGACGACAGCUGUGAAUGAAGCAAAAUACGGUGGUGGUGCGUUUAUCUUGAGAAAUUCUGUUGUUCCUACUGAUCCUGAAAGAUAUUAUCUUUUCUUUCUAAAAAAAAUAGAUUUU